AAUAAAUAAAAAUUGCAACAUAAUAAAUUAAAAAAUUAUUAUGAACAAUUCAAAAUAAGAUCCUCAAAGUGUAGACGAUAAUGAAAAUCCUAACAAGUAAUCUGGAGAAGUUGAUAAUGAAAACAAAAAAAAAGGACCAAACAUGACAGCAGAAGGAGAAAUUAUAUAUGAAAAUAUAAUAGCUGUAUAGAAAAAGAAAACACCUAAUGAUAAUACAUUUAUAAUAACAUGUUUAAAAAAUCAUUUCGUUUUUUAUAAUUUAAAUGAAGCAGAACUUGAAAAUAUAGUAAAGAAAAUGUUUUAUUGUGAAGUUGCUAUUAAUGAUUAUAUAUUUAAAUAAAGUGAUAAUGCUACAAGUUUUUUUAUUUUAGAAAGAGGGGCUAUGGAAGUUAUAGUCAAUGAAAAGUCCAAAAGAGAAUUAAAAGCAGGAGAUGGUUUUGGAGAACUAGCUUUAUUAUAUAAUGCGCCACGUUCUGCUUCUGUAAAAGCAUUAGAACAUUGUUUUUUAUGGGGAAUUGAUAGAAACACUUUCCGUAGAGCUGUAGAAGAAAUGAUUACAAAAGAAUACGAAGAAAAUCGAAAAUUUAUGGAAGUAGUUAGGUUUUUCCAUAAUUUAACAAAUGAAUAAAAAGAUGCUAUAGCUGCAGUUUUGAUUGUGUAGAAAUUUUACAAAAAUCAAGUUAUUGUAACUGAAGGAGAUCCUGCCUCAUCAUUUUAUAUUAUAAAAGAAGGAAAUGUAACUGUAUUAAAAGCAAAUAAAGAAGUACGUAAAUUAUAUAAAGGCGAUUCUUUUGGAGAAUAAGCAUUAUAUUACAACACUGUAAGGUAAAUGACUGUAAGAGCAGAAGAUGAGGUAAAAUGCUUAGCUUUAGGAAGAGAUACAUUAACAAAAGUUCUAGGAGAUCAAGUUCAUGCUGUUACAUUUAGAAACUUAUAAAAAUGGGCUUUUGAUAAAAAUGUGCAUUUGUAAAAACUUAAUAAAGCUUAAAUUGAUAAAGUAUUAGAUGUUAUGAAAAUAUCUUCAUACAAAGCUGGUGAUGUUAUAAUGAAAAAAGGAACUGUUGCAAAUCAAAAAAUCGUUGUUAUCAUUGAAGGAUCCCUAAAAAAGGCUAAAAGUGGAAUGAUUGUAGCUUCCAAAGCCUAAGCUUGGGGUGAAGAAUAUAUGCUGGAAAGCAAUAAAAAUAAGACUUUUGAAGAUGAUAUUGUUAUGGAAACAGAUGGAGUUAUUGCAGAAAUUACUUCCGAAAAUUUUGUUGAAUGUAUUGGAGGAAAUCUAGAAGAAAUUAUAGCUAAUAAUUAAAAAAAUUAAGAAAAAAAAAUGUAAAAAGCUGACUAAAAUAAAAGAAAAGAAUUCUAAAACAUAAAAUUAAACGAAUUAAUAUAUAUUAAAACUUUAGCUUUUGGUCAGUUCGGACCUGUUUAUUUAGUAAAAGCCAAAUAUGAUAAUAACUACUAUGCCUUAAAAAGUUUUAAUAAAGCGUAAAUAUCUGAGUAAAGUUUAGAAAAAUACAUAUGUUAAGAAAAAGCAGUCCUUGAACUUGUUAAUUUUCCUUUUAUAAUAUAAUAUGCAAGGUCAUUUAAAGACUCAUGUGAUGUUUAUUUUUUGGUUGAAUAUAUUAAAGGAAUUGAAUUAUUUGAUAUCAUAAGAGAUAUUGGUAUUUUUUUUUUUUAAAAAAAAAAAAAUUAAAAAAAGGAUUAUUAAAUACGUAUGAUUCGUAGUUUUACACAGCCUCAAUGAUAAUGAUAUUAGAAUAUUUACAUCAUUAAAACAUAAUAUAUAGAGACAUGAAACCAGAAAAUAUAAUGGCAGAUGAAUAAGUAAAUAAAAAAGUUAAAUAAAUAUAAAAAAAUUAAAAAAAGGGAUACUUAAAAUUAAUCGACUUAGGAACAGCUAAAAUAUUAAAAGGAAGACAUGGUUUAGGAAAUAGAACAUUUACAAUUAUUGGAACUCCUCAUUAUAUGGCUCCAGAAAUAAUAUGUGGAAAAGGUUAUAAUUGUUAUAUUGACUUAUGGUCUGUAGGUAUUUGCUUAUAUGAAUUUAUGUGCGGAAUGGUUCCUUUUGGUGAAGAAGCCGAAGAUCCAUAUGAGAUAUAUGAAGAUAUAAUAAAAAAAGAAAUUACAUACCCCACAUAUUUAAAAGAUAAGAAGGCAAAAAAAUUAAUGGAUUAACUUCUUAGUAGAGUACCUGAAGUCAGGUUAGGUGGAUCUUACGCUACUUUAAAAUCCAACCCAUGGUUCGAAAACUUCGAUUGGGAUAAACUCCUUGAUAAAGAGUUAAAAGCUCCUUAUAUUCCUUCAGCUGAUAAAUUACUUACAGAUAAAGAAAUAUAAGAAUUUGAGGAAUAAAAGAAAUUAAUAAUUGAUGAAAUAUAAGCUGAAUAAAAUGUUAGACCCAUAGAUAAAGAUGCUAACUUAGAUACUAAAUGGGACGAGGGCUUUUGAUUUUAUAAAUUAUAUUUUAUUUAUUUUUAUUGAAUUUUAUUAUUAUCAAGUACAAUAUGAAUAUAAAUUUUCAACUUCUAAUAAUUUAUAUUUCAUUUGUUUAUUUAAUAAUAUUAC